UAUUAGAUAAAGUGGUGAGGCAAGUUUAAAAUCUCUGAUAAAAAUAAUUGAACAGAGGCAUUUUUUAUCAGCAGAUAAAAUCGAAACAGUUGAACUAGGAAGUCUUGUAAUGUAAACUUCUGAAAAGUGUAACAGAUAUUCUUUUCUGCAGAAAGUUAAUUAUAUCAGAAAUAAUGAUCUUCUUUUCUCAUAUUAAAAGCACUGUGAUAUCUUGUACACUAUUUUAAGACGUGGAAAUAUAUAAUUAAGAAAUGGAUAUUUAGAGGAUUUACUGGAAAGCGGGAUAUGUAGGUGAAUUACAAGUAUGUCUUGGGAUAGAAGGAAUCAGAAUUACCACGAUGAGCAUGACAGAGGGCGCUUUGAUCAUGGAAAUUAUGAUGAUCGAUAUAGGGACCCGGGAAACUUUCGAGGGAGAGAUUUAAGAGCAGACAGGGGCAAUGGGGAACGUUUUGAUGAUAUACGUGAUUUUCAGAAAAAUGAUUUUGACGAAGGUUCCGAUCGAAAUUUUGGAAGAGGGAGAUAUGAAUCACAUGGGUAUAUGGAUAAUCCGGAUGAUAACUAUUUACAUCCUCUUCCUCCAGAUGGGCAUGCAAGGUAUGGUAGAGAAAUCAUACCUAAUGCAGACAACAGAAGGACUGGUAAAGAUGGCAAGAGAUUUAGAAUGGAGGUUGAUAACCACUUCUCCAAUGAUAGCCAACAAGAUCACAGAUAUAGUGGUGAAAGAAUGGAAAUGAGAAAUAUGAAUUCAGAGGAUUAUUUUGAAAGAGGCAGACAUGAAAACCCUGCACCUCAUCGGUUUUAUGAUGAAGAUAUGCAUACAAAAGCAGACAUUCAUCAUCAACAGAAUGAUUUUGGUGCUAGGGAUGAAUACUAUGAAGAUUUAGAUGAAGUAGAUCUUAGAGUAAGGCCAAAUUAUGGUGCAGAUCAAUUGAGAGCUAAAUCUGAACCAAGAGAAUAUGAGCAAUAUGAUUUUGAUGAGCGUAAAAGAGAUAAUGCAUGGGAAAAAAGGUCUGAUAACAAAAGAAGACCAUAUCAAAGCCAACCUGAUCUCAUUGGUGGACAUCAAAAUAUGGGGUUUGAAGGUGAUUUGGAUGAGAAUGAUCCUAAUUACAGGCCAAAGGUUCAUAGAGGAGUGUCCCUGAGACGAAGAACAAGAAAAAGCCGUAGAGAGCGUCGAUCUGAUUUCCAAAAUGAACAGAGAAUGUCAUUUGCAGACGGCAUGAAAACUAUAAUUCAGAGAAGAAAAACGCUACACAUGCAUAGACCUUUGUCUGAGUUGAUGUCAAGUUCGAGAACAAAUCGACCAGGCUCAGUGUUUCAUGGUCCUGGAGAUGAUGACAUUGAUGAUGAAGAUGACAGGUUACCUAGCAACCGAAAUAAAAAAAGGAUGACCUUAAAAGAAAGAAUGGAGAUACGAGAAAAAAAAGGUCCUUUGACGACAGAAGAUAUGGCUAAACUACUCAGGGACAAGGUUUUAUCACAAGAGGCUUCACAUGGAUUGGACCUGCAGAAUUUUAAAAUGAAAUGGCAUAGCUUCACAAGCUGGACAAAAAAUUGGGUGUACCAACUUGAACUUUGGGCUGGGGCAUUCAAGGUCAUUGAAGGUCAUUUUGGACAAUCUACGGUAUCCUAUUUUCGUUUUCUACGUUGGUUGAUGUUUCUGAACCUGUUCAUGACCCUUAUAAUGUUUGGUGUUGUUCUUCUGCCCUUCUUAUCCCUGGAUAUUGGCGGAAGUUUUGUAUCGUCUGUGAAUGCCUGCUCCUCUAUACCGAAUAACAUGGCCGUAUUCUAUACGUUGAACUACACUGCAGACGUGAAAUCAAAAGUCAACCAAUCCAGUACAGCUGAGAAAGUUCAGGAUGUUCUUCAAGGAACGGGUUGGAUGGAGAAUACUGUGUUAUUUUACGGGGCCUAUCAUAACAAGACAGCUUACCUGAUAACAGGAGAUGCAUUCACAUAUAACAUGUCCCUUGCUUACCUUUGUGCCGUCGGUCUGACCUUUAUGCUGAGCUUUAUACUGCUUGUAAAAAAGUAAGUAUGUUAUCUUAUUUUAUAGGCUAU